AUGGUCAGCAUGGACAUCAUUGCAGCGUGCGCGGCGAAGGGGGAAAUCCUACCGGUUUGCUCCACCGAGGGAGGGGUCCACAUCGAUUUGGCGUUGUUCCUCGGGUCCAUCGUCCUUCCAGUCGAAGCGGCGGAAGAAAAAAAGCCACCAUGCAGGAAGCAAGGCGGCAAGCCAGAGUCCAACGCUUUCCUUAACGGCGGUGGAAGUAGCGAGUGUUAUGGUUCUGUAACGGUUGGUGAAGAGUCGCAGUCCUCCACCACAUUCUUGGUAAAAAUGGGGUUUCGGCUGAUUCUUUUCACGAGAUCUCUCGACUUUGCAAACCCCCAGCGCUUAAAAUCCCCCAGCAACGUGACACCGAUGGUGUUCUUGGAAGACUCGCCAGAAGCCUUCUCUGGUGUUCAACUUAUUCGAUUCGGAGGCGUAGACUCUGUGGGCUCGGCGGCUGGAGACGAUGGCGGCUGCAGUUCGUUGGACACCAAAGGUUGUAAAUCUUCCUCGGACGUAACAAGUCCCGAACUUGUUGCAGGAGAGGACACAUCGGGGUUAUCUUCCCCUUCCGAUGACAACGAGUCGAGCAACAGCGGAUCCAAGGAGGGUGAGGACGCCACGAUUCCCCCACUCGUGACAGGCGGCAUGAGACUGAGAUGCCAGCCGGGGCUCGAGAUGUCGAACGCGAUGGGUGGUCGGCUUCAGGACGAGAUGGUGCGAGCACUUCCACCCGCUCUCGAGGCGAGGGGAUCAGACGAACGUCAGGUGAGCGCAUCCAGAGCGGCCUUUUCGAUUGCCCAAAAGGAGGCUCUAGCAUACUCGUGCCAGCUCAGCGCUUCUCAUGAGGCCGUGAUUACGCUUCUCGCAGCUAGACCGCCGUGCUUCACUCCAGACGUGCCACGCCGAGCCCCUGAUCCCACUGUUCCGUCGGGUGGAGAACCGCCGAGUGGAGUGAGCGACGACGUCGAACGCGACCAGAACAGGGUCCUCAACAACCUGAUCGAGACUCUAUUCGCAUACAAGAGCACAAUCGAAAAGGGACCCGACACGGUGUCACGGUGCGAGCGAGCCUCACAAGCGCAGCAUGCGGAGGUCGCCCGCAACGGCGAACAGGUGGCAUACCGCCUGACUUCAUGCGCCCUUCAGUUUCUUGCCCGAAGUGGAGAUGUUCUUCACGCCUGCGGAUCGGACCCUGUCUUCUACAGCCCGGUCUUCCCCGGGGUUAAAGCUCUGGUGCACAGCGCCAUCCGCAAUGUCGCCGGCGCGAUGAGGCCGCUAAAUCAGGACCGGGAGGGAGAAUUGGAGCGCGUCGUUGUGGGCAGUUUGACGCGAAGUAUGACUACAAGAGUCCCAAGCGACUGCACGUGGGUCGUUCCGCUGGCAGCGUUGGCCGUCGGUAACCCGGACGACUUUCCAGCAAAAGGAUGGUGGGAUGCUUUCGGUACGCUCGUUGCUGAUCGACGCAGGGGGGGCGAAGAACCAAGUGGAGAUUCCAGCCGAAUAUCACUAGCGAAGCUUUUCAAAAUGGUUACGGCAGCAGAUAAGGUCGGAGCCAGUGACAGCCAUGCGGGCAUCGCACAGGAGUCAGACUGUAGCCCCGGCCGAGACCCCGACCAUCUGGAAGCCCAUACACUGGGUGCUGGCCAGGAUGAGUCUGCCACCCAGGGAGUGAAUAAGGUUCAGGCCGUUGUCAAUUCGUGGCGUGAGCACCACGAUAGUGAGGUACCGACGGUGACAACUGUGAAUGACGAUAGAGAGCGGGAGUCUGUUCGCGAAGCCGGCGACGACGAAGAAAGCGACGGCGAUGAAACCAUCCAACCUGGAAUUACCCUGUCACCUCAGCGGUGGGAUUUAGGGUUCGACACCUCUGACUGGGUGCGAGAUGGAGGUGCCGCGGCUGCUGCUGCAUACAAUAGAAACCAAGGUACCUCUUCCGGGAUCGAGGAUGGUGUCGACGGUCCCUAUGAGCGUGGUGCCGGAAACUUUGACUCUUUCUGUUUUUCCCUUUCAAGCCUGUGGACGGCGGCCGUGAGCGAUCGAUCCAAGAUGAAUGCCACCCAGGCGGCGCAAGCCAAGGCGUUCAGCAGCGAUGGUGUGCUGCGCCGUCUUGUGCUUCUGGAGGCCACCAUGAACAGCGUCUUUGGCCGCCUGCCGGGUUUUGUGUUGUGCGAGGCCAAUGGGCUUGGUAUCGCUGUCGGAAGUGAGCAGAGCGAUGAGAUUGUGUCCGCGGAGACUAGUAAGGAAUUCACUGCCCGGGCCAGCAGUCUCUUCGGCAUCUCCACAUCGAGGUUGCGAGGGGUGGCCUCCGCCAAGAAGCUGCCCUCUUCCGCUGCUGCGAAUAGUGCAGAUGCGGACAGCGAUGAGAGUCUUCGUUUUAGUCGUACCGAGAACGUAGGCAUGCCAGCAGCAGAGGGGACGACGCCAGCUUUGUUGAACGCCAGCACCCAGUUCGACACCGGCGAAGACGAAGAAUCAAAAUUCAUCACUUUUGUCGCGGAAACGUUCCGGCCUCAAAGAGACGACAGCGACUGGCACAAGGAGGACCAACCCGUCCCCACUCCGCUGGAAACAUCGACGGGCGCCAAGAAUACCGUUGCCCUCGUAGUGGCCGAUCAGUCGACAACAUCGGUAUCAACGACCACCGUCGUGGAAGAUGACAUGACAUCGAUGGCGACACAUCCAGAGGACAAAACUGUCAAGAACCAAAUGAUACAACAGCGGAUGACCUCUGAGGCAGACUCGUCACCUGUUGCCAGCUCCCCUCCGACGGCUGAUCACGAUGGUUCCGCCACGGCCGCCGCGCUCGGGGCUUCGCCCGAGCGGACUACCAUCGGCAAUCCUCAACAAUCACCGUCCACUGCAGAUAACCCAGUUACGGCAGUAGCCAAGGAGUUUUUUGCAAGAGGAAACUUGAGGUGCGAGAGGGAAUGUGUGUAG